CUCUAAUCACGUUGCCGAAAUCUUCCAAAUAUUUUCACCUUCACCAAGUCUCCCAAAUAUCCCGUCUUUGCAUCUACAACUCCACCAACAUGGCAUCUUCUCUGCAAGAAACACUCCCCGCCCAGCCAACAUCCCUUCCUGUGUCGCCAGAAAAUAACAAAAAGGAGAAAAAAGCGCGGAAAAGAGCCAAAAAGGACCAACCUCCGUCUGAGGCUGUCUCGACUGAACCCAAGCCAAACGCAGAAAGCGAACGGCCUCCUCGAAAACCUCGAGCUCGAAAGUCCAAGGGAGGGGAAAAUCAACUCGAUCCUCUUCCCAAGAACAAUGCAUCUGCGCCUGAAAGUAAGGUUGAAGGUGAAGUAGAAGCCAAGGACAAGAAGAAGAGGAGAAAGAGGGAGUCUAGGGCUGGUACCGAGGCCGAGACGAAAGAAUGUUUGAAAGAGGUUGCCACAGGAGAUGGGGCGGCAAUUGUUGAUCACGAGAAAGAUGUUAAAAAGGUUCAGGACCAGGAAAAGGGAGAGGACAAUGGUGCAGACAAAGUGGAGGAGAGAGAGAAGACAAGUGACGAGGCGAGCAAAGAGGGCAAGAAACGGAAGCGACAGACUGAACAAGCUCAUGUCGAGUCUCAAACUGCGACGGUAGAGGCUUCCCCUGCUGCUAUUACUGCCGAAGAAAACGAAGAGCCAAAGGAAAAAAAGCCCAAGCGGGAAAAGCGUCCCAAAAUAAAGUCUGUCAAGGGCGCCAUCGAUACCCCCAAGCAGCCCGAGGUUGAUGUCCAAGCUGCACCAGAAGGGUCAGAGGGAACAACAAUCUUUACAGAUUCGUCCCUUUCUGACCAGGCUAAGAAAAACAUUUUUUACGCCCACCUCUUUGCUCUUUCACAAUCUCCAUCUCCGGCACCCAACACUCCCUCCUGGAAAUUUAGCAAGGCCAAACAAAACUGGUUAAUGCGGAAUAUUUUCAGCAAUAUCGAGGUACCAGAGACUUACUUUGAAAUGGUGCUGGGCUAUCUGAAGACUACCCAAGGUCAUUCACGAAAUACUCUCAUCGAACAAGCCAAGAAAAUUCUCGAGCCACCUCUGGUGCCGCCCGUUGAAUCUGUUGAUCCCGCGGUCGAAGAAAUCACAGAUGCCGCAAUGCCUGAAACUGCAUCUCCAAAGGAAGAAUCCGAGGUUGAGAAUAGUACGCAAAACCGGUUGGAUAACGUCGAUCCUGACAUACCCAUACCCGAGGCAUCUGAAUCGAAUUCUGAGCAGUUAGAGAAGGAGAAGGAGAAGGAAAAGCAAAUCAAGGAGACUAGGGCCCGGCAGUUGUUAGAGGCCAUGGGAGUAGCUCAAUAACAUUUCCACAUUUAUCAUCAAGUCCGAUUGUCUAUUUCUGCGUUUCAAAUUCUUUUGGGAAGGUCAAGUCAUUGGCAUCGUGUGUGAAACUCUGCAAGUGCAUGUAUACUCUUUUCACCCUUUCUUACGGAUUAUCUUUUAUUUAUCACACCAGUCAGCGGCAUCAUCAAACAGACAACAACCAUCAUGCGCAUGGUACAAGUUUUAUGAAUUUGCAUAACAUCCACACAUAAUUCAACCAUCUCUAACCGACAGACGAACUCUUACAACUCGGCGCCCUCUCGCGCUCAAACCUCUCCUCCAGAUCCUCUUGUUGGAGGAUCACAGAUAAUGAGAAGGCGGAGCAUACGAGGAAACGGAAGGUCGGCUGGUGCGAAGGAAAAUGUCGAUUGGGCAGUUGGUGAGAGGGGAGAGGGAAUAAUAUACAGCGAGUGCAACCCUUGGACAAAAGGCGUUGCGAAAAGGGAUAUGAGAGAAGUGGGCACCACAGCCACUGUUGUCGCUUGUGAAUUAGGACGAGUUCCAUCCUUGAUGAUGAGAUCUUGAAUGCUGGAUAGAUGACUUGGAGCCUCGGUCGAGGAUUGCCCGACCAAAGGCGAGGAAGAGGCAGGAAAAUAAAAGAUCCGGCUGACCGGCUACGAAGAGAAAGAAAAAAAUUAAAAUUACUAAAGAAUCAUAUAGAUAAACGGAUCCCGACUGGGAAAAGGGGUUAAGGAGUGAUAUGGCAGUUAUCGUUAUUGUUGAGAUGCGAUUCACCAACGACUUGGAGCAAGUUAAGAGAAGACAAGUCUAAGAAGGAUGAAGGAUGGAAUCCCUUCGACUUGCUCAUCUCCCGAUAAUCUUGGCGCGCCGAACCAUUUGUCGUUUCCUCCUCGUCCUUCAUUAAACAUCCACCGUCGUUUUCAAUUCGCUUAUUUACCAACCACCGGUGUCCCUGGCUUUAGUCUGACUCCUGAGUUGUCGUUGGUUAUCCUGCGCUACGUAAUCAUCAGAGACCUUUUCGCAUUUCAAAAGUGAUUCUGCUUACCCUGCAAUCCGUCCUCACCAGUGGCACCAGAGCUCUUCACCCCCGGCUGCAAAGACCAGUCAAAGACGUAGUCAUACUGAAAUCCCUCCCGAAUAAACAAGUCACGGAAAAGCUUGCGGAGAUAAGAAUAGUCCGGCUUGUCGUCGAAUCGAAGA